AUGACAGCUAGGAUUAAGGCAUGGAGUGCUCGAAAUUUAUCAUUUGCAGGACGAGCUGUACUCAUCAACUCUGUGUUACUAACAAUUCAUUCAUAUUGGAGCCAAGUCAUGAUCUUACCAAAGAAAGUUAUCAAUGGAAUUGAAGCCAUAUGUCGUGCUUAUCUUUGGAAGGGUCAUCAUCUGUUUCAGGGAGCAGUACUUAUAGCUUGGGAAAGUGUAUGUCAAUCCAAGGCUGCAGGGGGAAUAGGUUUUAAGAGAGUUGCUGAGUGGAAUACUGCUGCCAUCAUCAAGUAUGUAUGGGCAAUUGCAAAAAAAGAAGACAACUUAUGGGUUAGGUGGAUACAUAGUGUUUACAUCAAGGGAGAAGAUUGGUGGAGCUAUCAGUCACCUAAUCAAGGGAGCUGGCAUUGGAGAAAGUUGGUUGCUGUCAAAGAACGGGUUAAGAGUAUUACUGAUAUGCAGCAGUUUGCUGGUGCAAGAUACCAGAUAUCUCGAGGCUACACGAUGUUAUGUCCUGUUCAAAAUAAAAUAAAAUGGAGUCAAGAGGUGUGGGGAAGACUUAACUUACCAAGACAUAGCUUGGUAUUAUGGAUAGCUGUUCAAAAUAGAUUAAGAACAAGGGAAAAAUUGCAGAAAUAUAAUAUAAUUGCUGAGUCUCAUUGUUUGUUCUGUCGGCUUCAUACAGAAACAGAGGAGCAUCUCUUCUUCAGUUGUUCUUUAUCUUUGAUUUGUAUUCAGCAAGGGAAGAGCUGGCUUCGAUGGGGAGCUGAAUCAAGAUCCCUGGGCAGUCUUCUAAGAUGGAUUGAAAGAGCCAAAAUUAGCAAGUUCAGAAAGCAAUGUUACUCAGCUGCAAUUGCAGCUUUGGUUUAUCAAAUCUGGCAUGCCCGAAAUGAUAUUCUCUUGCAUUUGAAGGCGGUGAAGAUAGACUUGAUUGUGAGAAAAAUUAAGGAAGAUGUUAAAUGUAGAGUCAGCUGUGUUAGGCCUCAACGUGUCAGUACAGUAGACAUAGAGUGGUUUUCGAAAUUGUAA